UUUUGAUAAUUUUACAAAAAUCACCAAGAGAGCACUAAAUGUUAAAUCCCAAUCGUUGCAUCGUAGUUGUGUAUCCGCAAUUGUCGUACCGCCUUUAAUACCGCGUUUUGUCCGACCUUAUUUUUUCUGUUCGUGUCUUUUCCUUAAUACAUUUUGGCCUGUCACUUGUAUAAUCGAGAGUUUUUAACUCAACAUUCUGACAAUUUUUUACUCUGUAACCUAGUGUUUUUCCAAAUUUUAGCAGGUAAACGUGUUUUUAUGGCUUGGGCUGAUGGUCCAGGAUUGACUGUUGGUGUACUUGGCAGCCCUAAUAAAUUUACUGUUGGCUAUACAAAGAAUUUGGGUGGGGGAAAAUUAACCGUAUUAAUUGAUGGAACCAAAAAGGCUGAAGUUCGAACUGUACAUCAUCUAAACGAAAACAAUUAUCAAGUCGAGUUCGUUUUUUUUCGCUUAUACUAAUUUUGAUAACAAUUUAUAAAACUUUCCAAUUCAGAUACACAGUCCAAUCACCUGGUUUUUACACAAUCAAUGUCAAUUUUAUUGGUACUCCGAUCCUCGGAUCACCUUUUGAAGUCUUUGUCAACCGCUGCUCCAGCAUUCCUUCCACCUCUAC